AUGCAUCUCGACAUCGAGUUUCCACCGGAAGAGGCUGACGCUGAGGUUGAUUAUCGUCGACGUCCAUCGUCUCGUUCUCGCUCAAAGUCACCUGCAAGCUUCCAGCGAGACGUUAAUCGAGUCAUUGAGCGAGAUAUUGAGCGAGCCCGUCCACGUGACACUGACGAUAACAUUCGUGUCGUAACAUUCGAGGACGACUCGCAAUGGGCGCCGCCGGCCCCUCGUCAGGAAAGUGACCUUGCCUCCAAUACUGAUUCUUCUGAAAGCGCCACGUCAACGAGCGACCAAAAUUCGCCUACAGAACAAGUAGACUCGCCGGAGCCGCCCCGUGAGGUGGUCGCUCCGACGGAUGUCGAUGGCAACCAGCUAUCCUUUCAAGUCGACACGAGGCAUGUACAGAACUUUACCGGAUUCAGCCAGGACCUCCAGGAUAAAAGAGCCGGCACGCAGACUCAGUCGAAAAGAAAAGAGGUUGACAACUAUCGUGUCGAGACGUUUCGAGUCACUAAAGCCAUGAUCAAAGAGACUCAAGGGCAAAACCAGCUUCAGGUCCACAUUCUACCAGGGCCCGAAAACCCUCACUUGCAAGAUGCAGUAUCAUUUACGUGGUGUCAUAUUUCGGCGACUGAGCUGGAUUUUGCUAAUUUCAGGGAUGUCUGCCUGACCAUGCCACACGUCAGUGAUCGGCUGCGCAAACUCACUUCGGAGAUGCUUACCAAGGUGUACGCGGAAAAGGUCAAGCCUUUCGACGGUGGCAUGUUCAUUGAGCCUGGGGCGGUUUUGCGAGCUGAUGAAUCAGAUCAGCCAGAUCCGCAGUCUGUCAUUUUCGCCUGCGUCCCAUAUUUUGCCCUGAACACCCAAGCCAAGAGGCUUCCCCGCGCCGAGAAUGAACUAUUUCCACAACGAACCCUAAUGCAGACAUUCUACCCCUACGAGCCAGUACGCGAUCGAGAUGAGGAACAGUCGUACCGGAGAUUUGACGACACGCGCUCCGAGAACAUCAUACAUGUACCGAAUAUCUGGUUUAUGAUCAUAGGGUCCAGUCAUGUCGUAUCGUGUGGCCAUGUGCCACUCCCCAAGGAGAUGACAAAUUCAAUAGCCAUCAUCCAAGAGAACGUCCAAAAGCUCGGGGUUGAGCCUGUUGCAGACAAUGAUCUGACAAUGAUCAAAUUUUCGGACUGGGGAGAACGUGAUUUUGUGUUCCCUAUUUGCACUUGCAGAUCUUACUUUCAGAUGGAGGCGAAGGUUCGCAUGAUUGGAUACAUCUUCAACAAUAAGAGUUUGGAUGCCGAGAUCCAUUUGCAACAAAGAUUCCGAGACAGCAACCGCAAUCUCACACCAAACAUGUGGAGGGAUAUCACUAUGCGGAAUGAUCUCCUUUCAAUAAAUUUGGCAGUAGCAAGAGACAAAGAAACAAGCCAAACUGAAAGACAUCCUACCGCGGCAUACAGCGCCGACGACCGUAACAAAAGCAGAGCCGUGUCGAUACCCCCUUUUUUUCAUUGGCCACAAUACGGUGCUGGUAAAGCAGUCAAGAACGACAAAGACGCAACGUCAGUGGAUGACUCCAGUGCACAGCAACCCUCUCGUUGCCUGGAGCAGGUUGGAAAGGCUCUGACAACUACGAUUCUAGAAGGAAUUACUACGAAUGCUGUCGACGAAACAUUUACCUCGACCAGUUACUAUGAAUCACUGCCCAAGGCAACCUACGCAGAUGCUUGUGCUGACUUUGCCAAUCUUAAACAUCGAUGCGAAGCAGUUGAGAAAGGCGUGGCCAAUCCUUCAUUCCAUCAGAACACGAUCAACAGCCAGCGCACUAGCAUUGUGGAAAGAGCGACGGAAUUUUUCAAUCUCUCUUGCGUGAUUACUAAGCUCUUCCUCAGUGACAUGGAUGAGAGUAGCGUAAUGAGUAAGCUAUGGGGUGUCAUGGUCAAAAUCCAGGAGCACGUCGCCAAACUCGAAAAGUACGACCCUUGUAGUGGGAAAACUGGCAAAGACGCGGUUCCUCCAGAGGACGAUGUUGACACGACUGGCAAUUCUUGGCUGGUCCGCCCUAUGGCUAAGCCUAGCCUAUUGUCUUUUCCAGAAAAUACUCCAGGAUUGUCCAAGUCAAUUGCAGCGUGUAAGACAUGUAAAAAGUUACACUCAUUUCGCAGCCAAGAAGAUGCGCUUAGACAUCUGCAGCGCCACACCAACCGUGAAAGUGAGCCUGGGAAGCAGCAGAAGGCUACUGAGCCGAAUGGCUUACCAGAUGAACAAAUUCCAGCCGAGGAUGUCGCUAUGGAUCCGCAAGCCAAGGACUGGGUCAUGUCAUCGGCAGAAUUUUGGCAUGAGCAGACAAAUGCUGGGGCACUGGCAAUACUCACAAAAGCAUGCACUCUGGCAAAGAACAUAAUGGAGCAAGCUCAACAACUCAUGGACGGAGUUCAAAACGAAGAUGGCCAGAUGUCUGAAUUGUAUGCUCUGCCCAAGGAGCUCUCUGAAGCAUUCCGCCGCAUCAUUGUCUUCUUCAUGGCGACUGAGCGAGCUUUGGACGACGUCGACAAGGCCCAUGGACAUGAAUAUCGAUUCAAAGAUCCGUAUGAGCGUAGCAUCCUACCAUAUACGGACAAAGGCCUCGAUGUGUUGGUAAGAUUCGAGGCAGGCGCAAUGCAGUCUCUGAGAGCUGCACGUGCACAUUUGUGCGAAAUGGCUUCUCCUCCCCCACCGCGACGUGUGAUGGAGCACCUUUCUCUAGGGCCUCAGUAUGUCUGUGGCGAGCUGAUUAGGAGACUAUUACUGAAGCCGCUUGAGAGGCAUGAAACUGUGGGUGAUUUGUAUCGGGAGUAUAUAUCGAGACUUCAAUUCCAAGUCAACCAUCACCCGAGUAAACGGCUCCUCCGUGAUCUCAAUCUUCUGCAAGAAGAACUCCAAAUCCUUACGUCCAUCACCAUGCAGCAGAUGAAUCUUAUCAAGAACUACAUCCGUGUUCUCUACGACGGAUCGUAUGAGAAGCCAACACCAUCUCGCCAAAGCAUGUUUGUGGACGAGCUGAGUUUGUUUCAAAAUUGCCUUGACAAUCUCAAUCUUGUUCUAGAAGAUUACGAGGACCUGAUUCGACGCUGCAGUCCCCUGGCCAAUCGUACAAAGCAGAGUCUCGAGAUCAAUGAUGAAGACCAUGGCAAGGCUAUCAUGGCUUUCACGGUGGUGACUGUUAUUUUUCUGCCGUUGUCGUUUGCGACGAGCUAUUUUGGGAUGAACACUGUGGAUAUCCGUGACAUGAACCAGAAGCAGGCGAUUUUCUGGAUUGUGGCCAUACCGCUGACUGUGGUGACGGUCGGGGGGUGUCUACUCAUUGGAUAUAACGGGGAUCAGCUUCGCGACAUGAUUGCAUGGCUAUAUCGCAGGGCAAUGGGCAAGGAAGAAACUGGUACUGGAGGAGGAGGCAUAAGCGUUCCACGACGGAAACGUCCACCUCAUUCACUCGGAAAUUCAAGCAGUACACUUCAGUCUUCAAACAUGGUCAACGAAGCCGCAUUUGCUAUUCCCCGGCCAGCUCUAGAGUGGGGCGGUGCAGCACACUCGGGUCCGACCUGGGUAGACGCAGACGAAGCCUGGUACACAGAACGGUAUGACCCACCUAUGAGCAAAACAGGACUCAGCUCUCGCCCAGUAGCUCGAAUGCAAUCUUAUGCCGAACCCACCUCUAUGGCCCCGGAGCCAUCGUACAGAAUACAGCCCGCUUCGUACAAGCAAAGUAUACGCCAUGACCGCGAGUAUGUCAGAACACCCCGAACCAUGAAUUACGAUCCCUAUACCGAAGCAAUAGGGCGUGUUCGCUACGACUACGGUGAAGAGGAUACCUACGUGCCAGGUGCACGACAUGUCUUACCGCCGCGCCAAACCUAUGUGUCGCCUGGGUCAUUUCGGGCAGAAAUGCCGAUUCGUAAGCCGUCUGUCAGGAUAUAUGAGGCUGACGCGUUGAAAGAUGAUGAAGCGGGUGGAUACACGUGGGAGAAGAAGAGGUCACAUAGAAGUCAUAAUCACAACAGGCGCACGCACGGCGGAAGGGUUCCUGAGACAGAGGAUGAUGGUUGGUAUCGGUAG